UGGUAAUAAUGAAAUUCAAUGGGCUGUAGGAUUAGGGUUUCUCACGCCUUGGGUGGGAAUUAACUGAACGUUCGUCACUUUAACGAACAUCACUGUAAGCAGAAGGCGAAGGGAGCCAGGUGAGAGGCAGGUUGAAGAACAGCACAGGAAGGAGGAGUCGGAGGGAAACAGAAGGUGAAACGCAGCAAUGGCUCCUCCCAAAGGUGCUGCAAAGAAGGCUGAUCCUAAAGGACAGGCACAAAAGGCUGCUAAAGCUGUGAAAGCUGGAGCAAUUACAUUGAAGAAGAGAACAAAAAAGAUUAGAACAUCAGUAACUUUUCAUCGUCCAAAAACACUCAAGACACCCCGGAAUCCCAAAUACCCUCGUCUCAGUGCACCUCGCAGGAACAAGCUUGAUCAAUAUGAGGUUCUCAAGUACCCUUUGACUACAGAAUCUGCAAUGAAAAAGAUAGAAGACAAUAAUACACUUGUCUUCAUUGUUGAUGUGCGGGCAGACAAGAAGAAGAUUAAGGAUGCGGUGAAAAAAAUGUAUGACAUUCAAACCAAGAAGGUCAACACCUUAAUCAGGCCUGAUGGAUUGAAGAAGGCAUAUGUUAGGUUGACCCCAGAUUAUGAUGCGUUGGACGUAGCUAACAAAAUUGGCAUCAUCUAAAUCUCUGAAGGCUUGUCUGUAGUUUAAGUUAAAUUUGUAUUUCCAAGUAAUCUGUGUUUUGUACUUUGUUCCUAGUAUAGUAAAGACCAAAACUUGUAUAUUGCUGGUUGGUAUCACUAUCACCUUUUGCAGGUGGAGCAAUAUACGGUUUAGAAUUUUGCAGCUACA